AUAUUAAUCAUGCGAUCAUUAAACGCCGUUACGCACAGAGUGACGGGACCUCCGCAAUGUCUAACGCGCCGUCGGUAACGGACUCGCCGGCGCCGGCGCCGGCAUCGUCGCCCAAAUCCUGACUUACCCUCUCCAAAUCGUGAACACGAGGCAGCAGACUGAGAGAAGAGCGAAGAGAGCAGCAGCCGGAGAUGCUGACGUGGACGAGUCUUCUAGAAGGGGAACUGUAUCUCAGAUGAUCCAGGUCGUCAAGAGCGAAGGAUGGACUGGGCUCUACAGUGGCCUGAAGCCUUCUCUUGUUGGGACUGCUGCGUCUCAGGGGAUAUAUUAUUUCUUCUAUCAGGUGUUCAAGAAUAGGGCAGAGGCGAUUGCGCUGGCGAGGAAGAAGAAGGGGAAAGGGGAUGGGACGGUCGGCAUGUUGUCUUGGCUUCUUGUUGCUGCUAUUGCUGGGUCGAUAAAUGUGUUGAUGACAAAUCCGAUUUGGGUCCUUGUGACCCGAAUGCAGACACAUACUCAAGCAGAAAGGAAAAUUAUGGAGGCUAAGAGAGAAGCGAUACUAAAGGAAGCAUCUGGCAGCAAUCCAAUUGAAGUUUCAGCUGUUAGAGCUAAAUUGGCUGAGCUUGAUUCAGUCAAACCUCGCCCAUAUGGAACAAUACUUGCGAUGCAAGAGGUGUAUCAUGAAGCAGGCAUAAGAGGAUUAUGGAAAGGAAUAAUUCCAACACUUAUUAUGGUGUGUAAUCCUUCAAUCCAAUUCAUGAUUUAUGAAAUGUCGUUGAAGCGCCUACAGGCUAAGCGUACUAGAAACAAGCAUGGGGUAAAACCCGUUACUGCUCUUGAGGUUUUCUUGCUUGGGGCAUUGGCUAAACUGGGAGCAACUGUUGCAACAUAUCCUUUGCUAGUUGUUAAGUCAAGGCUGCAAGCGAAGCAAGAGAUUGGCAAGAAUUCUGCAUCAAGAUAUACAGGUACUAUUGAUGCAAUUUUUAAGAUGAUUCGUCAUGAAGGGUUGCCUGGAUUUUAUAAAGGGAUGGGCACAAAAAUUGUGCAGAGUGUUUUUGCUGCUUCAGUUCUUUUCAUGAUAAAGGAGGAGUUGGUUAAGGCAUACCUGAUACUUGCUGAUGGUAGUAGGAAUAUCCUCAUUCGUAAAAGUGAUAUCAAGCCAUUGAGAAGAAUUUAAGGUAGGCUCAUGGCUGUUUUAGGCUUUUAGCAAUGUUUUUAUUAGAUAGUACAGGAAAUGGUAUGCUAUCAUAGCUGCUUUUAGUUUUGCUCUAAAUUUCUUCCUUGAUGAUACCUCACAUCUUGUAACAUUGUUAUAUAUUAUAGCAUAGUAAGAAUUAAAAGGUUGAAUUGGCAAGCCAUGAUCAUCAAUCUUGUUUACCUUUCUUUUUUAUGGUA